GGCUUCCUCUAAGCAUAACAAGCUGCCAGGGACGGACAGGGGAGGGGAAUAGAGAGCAUAAUUGCUUGCUUUACUCAGCUUGUAGACAGGCAGACAGCUUAGGCAGAGAGACACAGAAGAACACUUUGAGAGAUUGAGAGGAGGCACAAAAUAAAGAAAGAGAGAAAUAAGAUAAAAGGGAAACAAAUCACCAACAGCAAAAAAAAUUGAUCCCAACAAGAUGCCAAACGCCCCACCACCAGGCUGGAACCCAGAUGAGAAGUCUGGGAUGGGACAACCAGCUCCUCCACCCUACCAGGACCACCCCUACGCAGGAUACCCCGCACCAGCAGGCUGCCCCCCCAAUCCCCAGGGCUACGCACCACCGCCACAGUAUGGAGGAGCUCCCGGGGCCCCUUACAGCCAGCCAUACCCCCAGGGACAGUACUCCCCGGGACACUACCCCCAGUCCACCGUCACAGUUCAGCCUACGGUGUUUGUGACCCGUGGAGCUCUGCCUUACCCUCUGCCAGACUACCUGGGCUACUCCAUUUUCACCAUGCUGUGCUGCUGUCUGCCACUUGGCAUCGCUGCACUUAUCUACUCCAUCUCGACUAGAGACGCCAACAACCAGGGUCAUCAGCAGAUUGCUGAGAAGAAUUCUCGUCUAGCGCGGAUACUGAACCACACCGCCCUGGGUAUCGGCAUCACCGUCAUCGUCCUGUACAUCGUCUCUGUCAUCAUCCUGGGCAACCGUAUCAACUGAUCUGACACCUCAACACCGGCUAGCAGCACAGCCACUGCUUCUCUCAACCCCAGCACCCAAAAUCAUCAUAACCUUGACCACAUACAAUAGGUGCCGGUGACAGGCACUUUCCAAAGAGAUACAUCCCACUGGGGACACACUGGUUGAAUCAACGUUGUUUCCACGUCAUUUCAAUGAAAUGAAGUUCAACCAACGUUGAAUAGACGUUGAAUUGACGCCUGUGCCCUGUGGGAUAUAUCAUAAUGUUGUUUAUUCAUCAAUGUUUAUGACAUACAUUUUGAAAAACUACAUCUAAUGAUUUACUUUUUUUAAUUCCGGCAGACCGGAUAGUUUAAAUCAUUCAUUAUUUUCAUUAAUAUAAAUAAAUAAACACCAAAUUAUGGACACAAAUUGUAUUUUGGAAUAUUUCUAAUACAUUUCUGAAGGAUAGUGUAUGUACAUUCAGUGUGUAUGGAUAAGUCAUAUCAGAGUUUAAAGACAGAUUUGACAAUGUUAUGAGAAUGCAGCAGAAAGAGACUAUUCUUAAGUCUGAAAUGACAUGUAUUACUGGGUGUCAUUACACAGAGUGCCAGUGAGGUUACCACUCACAAGAGUAAACAUUUUACAACUCAAUGUCAAAUAUUUACUUCUUGUUACACAAAUGUAUCAAUUUGCUCAAUUCAGUGUUGUGGGCUAUCAGUAAUGAUACAAGAAAGACUCAACGCAACUUAUUUUGGUCAACCAUGGGGACUAAUGCCUAGAUUCAAUUUGUAGAGCAGAAGAUCCGCUGAAAUGUAAAGGUAAUUUCCGUUUGAGUCUCCAUACACAGCGUUUACCGUGAGCGCAGUCUCUCUGCAGUCACAGGAACAUUGCCUUCCACGCUACAGAUUGAAUCUAGCCCUAAAAGUACAAAUAAAUUGCAGGGCUGUUCCAGUUUGGCCUUACAGUUGAUUCAUUUGGUAAAAAUGUCCACACUAUCAAUGUCAUUUAGAGUCACAUAUUGCCAGAUUAUGUAUAACACUGUAUAUGUUAGGUAUAUAUUUUAUUUGACUAUGUAUUCAGUGUUGCUCAACUCUUCUAUUUACCAAGGGGUUGUACUUUAUCCUUCUCUAAGUGUGUAGUUGAUGGAAAUAGUGUUUGCCUUGUAUCAUGUCUGUAUGUUUGUGAAAACACAAAGGAAGAGACCAUUAUAAGAAUGCAGAUAUUUAAACCAAAUUUGUUUUAAAAUAAAGUUCAGUGUAAAUAAAAAUCA